AUGAAGUACAUUGUCGUCUCUGGCGGUGUCGUCAGUGGCAUUGGAAAAGGCGUUAUCGCUUCGUCGACGGGUCUUUUGCUCAAAACAAUAGGACUCAAGGUGACCGCGAUAAAGAUCGACCCGUACAUGAACAUCGAUGCGGGAACGAUGCGUCCGACAGAGCAUGGCGAAGUUUAUGUCCUCAACGAUGGUGGAGAGGUUGACCUUGACCUCGGAAACUACGAGAGAUAUCUCAACGUCACCCUUUCUCGCGACAACAACAUCACCACGGGCAAGAUCUACCGUGAAGUCAUCGAAAAAGAGCGCAAGGGAGAGUACCUAGGCAAAACAGUCCAGAUUGUGCCUCACGUAACAAAUGCGAUUCAAGACUGGAUCGAGCGCGUUGCCAAAAUUCCUGUCGACAACUCAGGGGAGGAGCCUGAUGUUUGUAUUGUUGAGCUUGGCGGAACCGUUGGGGACAUUGAGUCGGCGCCGUUUGUUGAAGCCAUGCGCCAGUUCCAAUUCCGUGUUGGACACGACAACUUUGCUCUCCUUCAUGUAUCCCUGGUUCCCGAUAUGCACGGCGAACAAAAAACUAAGCCAACGCAAACAACUGUACAUUCCCUCCGCGGGCUAGGCCUACUUCCCGACUUGAUUGCCUGCCGCCUGCUCGGCCCUCAAUCUCUACUUCCCACUACGAAAGAGAAAAUCUCGAUGUUUUGCCAUGUUGCUCCGGAACAAGUCUUCGGAGUGCAUGACGUGUCCUCGGUCUACCAUGUCCCUCUACUCCUUCAAUCGCAGGGCAUCGUCGAAUAUCUCCGAAAGCGUCUAAACCUCGCCGCACUUAACCUUCCCGAAACAAUGCUUCUCAAAGGCCAGACCCUGCAGAAACGCUGGAAGGAGCUCACAACAGGACAAGAACGGUUGUUUGACACGGUCUCCAUUGCCUUGGUCGGAAAGUACACGGACCUCAAGGACUCGUAUAUGUCGGUAACCAAAGCCCUGGAACACUGCGCCUUCCGAGUCCACAGACGUCUUAUUAUCCAUUGGGUAGAGUCCUCAGAUCUCGAACCUGAGACACAGGAAACGAAUGCCGCCAAAUACCAUGAUGCAUGGCGUGCUGUCGUCGGUGCAGGAGGAAUUCUUGUCCCUGGCGGGUUUGGCUCCCGUGGCACAGAGGGCAUGCUCCUUGCCAUCAAAUAUGCACGAGAACAAAAAAUACCGUUUCUCGGAAUCUGCCUUGGGUUCCAACUAGCAGUUAUUGAAUGGGCUCGUCAUGUCAUGGGCAUUACAGAUGCUACGUCGUCUGAAUUCUUCAUCGAUACCCAGUCACCCUUGGUCAUGUUCAUGCCUGAAAUUUCCAAAACCCAUAUGGGCGGUACUAUGCGACUUGGUCUUCGUCCAACUGUCUUUGAACCGGGCACCGAAAACUGGUCGCGCGUUCGUAAACUAUAUGGCGGGGCAAGCAAGAUAUGGGAGCGCCAUCGUCAUCGAUAUGAAGUCAAUCCGGCAUAUGUACAACGUCUACAAGACAGCGGAUUGGUUUUCGCUGGCAAGGACGAAAAGGGCGAGCGUAUGCAAAUUCUCGAGUUGCCUGAUCAUCCAUAUUUUGUGGGUUUACAAGCACACCCUGAGUUUUGCACCCGCCCGCUAAAUCCAUCUCCCCCAUUCCUUGGCUUCGUCUCUGCCUCUUGCAACCAAGGAGUCCUAGAGGAACAAAUUAAUGUCCAACUCCAUAACUUCAAACCCCCUCAUCCAGAGGGCUCGAUGGUUUCUGAAUCCAUUCUGCGUUCUAGCAUCCCCGAGAAGACCAUCGUCAAUGGCCACGUCAACGGCAUCGUCGGGGAGUAA